AAGGACGGGAUUGGGAUUCAUGGCUCCCCAAGUUGCAUCGCCCAACGCCUGACUCGUUCACAUUGAAGAGGAUUAGUAGCAGGCAGCAGGGUCUUUCCUCCGAGCCGGUCCGGGUUUCUUCUUAUAGAAUGGCUGGGUCACAGAUCAUUCCUCAAGCUUUAUUUCUGAGCAACAUGCUAAAAGCUGUGAAGAUAAGAGAACUGAUGUCGGAAGACCUUCUCAAGUGCAACAAUGGAAUUAUCCAGCAUUUUAAAACUAUGCAUAGAUACACCAUAGAGAUGUUCAGAAUGUGUCAUUUUUGCCCGCCUUUUCAGAAGCUUCUUCAAAAAUCUCUAGUUGACCAAGCAACCCAAAACUCACUGGAACGCCAAAAGAAGUUAAACUGGUGUCGAGAAGUUAAAAAACUUAUGCCACUGAAGACUAAUGGAGAUGGAAAUUGUCUCAUGCACGCUGCUUCCCAGUAUAUGUGGGGUGUCCAAGAUGUUGAUCUGCUUCUGAGAAAAACGUUAUUUAAUGUACUUAAAGAAGCCGAUACACGCAAUUUUAAACUGCGCUGGCAGCGAGAAACACUUAAAUCACAGGAAUUUGUGGCAACAGGACUCUGCUAUGAUACCAGGAACUGGGAUGACGAAUGGGACAAUCUUAUUAAAAUGGCAUCUGCAGAAACAUCAAUUGCACACACAGGCCUUCAGUAUACUUCUCUGGAAGAAAUCCAUAUAUUCGUCCUUGCUAACAUCUUAAGGCGCCCCAUCAUAGUUGUUGCAGAUAAAAUGCUCCGAAGUCUGCAGUCAGGUUCCAGCUUUUCCCCUCUGAAUGUUGGUGGAAUAUAUCUGCCUCUCCAUUGGUCAGCAGAGGACUGUUACCGAUAUCCUAUCAUUCUUGCUUACGACAGUAUGCACUUCACUCCUUUGCUUGUUCUGAAGGAUAGCGGGCCAGAAAUCAGGGCAGUUCCUUUAGUCAGUUGCGAAAGAGGAAGAUUUGAAGACUUAAAAGUGCAUUUUUUAACUGACGCUGAAGAAAGGGAGAAAGAAAAACUGAGGAGAGACUACCUAAUGGUGAUUGAAAUUCCUGUACAAGGAUGGGACCCAGGGACAACCCAUCUCAUUAAUGCUGCAAAGUUGGACGAAGGUCACUUGCCCAAAGAGAUUAAUCUGGUGGAAGAUUACUUUCAGCUGGUACAACAUGAGUACAAGCGGUGGAAAGAAAACAGUGAAUUUAGUGGGAAGGAAACAGGUGCGGGAAACAGGCUGGAGCUGCAGUUAUCCCAGCUAUCGCUUAUGGAGGCAAAAUGUGAAACUCCCAACUGUCCUUUCUACAUGUCUGUGAAUACCCAGCCAUUCUGCCAUGAGUGCUCUGAACAGAGACAAAGGGCAAAUUUGGUAAAGAGGCAGCAUUUCUGGUCCAGCUCAGAAAAGCCCCGGGUAAAUAGGUCCAGUUACCCAAAGGAUGAGCACCACCAGCCUCCUGCCUGGACUUCGGAGAAUUCCAGCACAGAACCUCGUUCUGCACCCCCCACCGCUCCAAGUCUUUUUCUAUACAGUGAAACAACAGCCAUGAAAUGCAGGACCCCAGGCUGCCCUUUUACACUGAAUGUGCAAUAUAACGGGCUUUGUGAGCGUUGCUACAGCUGUACAGAGAUCAAUCCUUGCAAUAAUCCAAGCAACCCACAGCAUUCAAAUUGUGUGACUUGCACAUCCUGCCUUAAGGACACCAACAGAACCUUCAAUGGGAUGUGUAGCGCUUGCUUCAAACGGACUAGAGACCCUUCCUCAAAUGCCAGCUCUGGCGCUAUGCCUUCAAGCCAUCAGAGGUCCUCUUCUGAUCCUAUUCCUGUAUCACAAAGUUUUUUGCAGCAUUCCUGUCAUACAGCAACCAACAGCAAUAAGGCGGACGUGCCACCAUAUGUUCAGCCCCAAAGAACAGAACCGAGGACGAGAAACAAUAAAUGCAGGAAGCCUGGCUGUAAUUUUUUUGGGACUCUGCAGAAUGAAGGCUUUUGUACCCUGUGUUAUUUUGAAUAUCAAGAAAAUAGAGAGGCUCCCCUGCUUCAUCAGCGAAGGUCUCCUGUGACUUCUCCUGUUUUGGAGCAUCCUGGGGUCUCAGCUGCUGUCUAUCAGAAUACCAUUUCCUGUCCGGGCCGAGAAUGUGUCACAAUAGGGAGCACCAUGCUUGAGGGAUACUGCCAGAAAUGUUUUAUUGAAGCCCAGAGCAAGCGGCUCCACGAAGCCAGAAGAACGGAAGACAAAGUAGUGAGACAAUCAGAGCAUACGGGACAACAUCAAGAUUUACACCAGAAAACUACACACUCUCAAAAACGGAAAUGUGCUAAAGCUUCAUGUAGAAAUAACUUAGCUUCUAGGAGUGCGGAGGUGUGUCAGGAGUGCUUGCGUGUCAGCCAACGGGGACAGUCUGGAACACCUCAGGUUGAACCUCCAUCCGAUGAACUUCCCAAACAGCUUUGCCGAGCCCCUGCCUGUGAUCACUAUGGUAAUAACAAGUGCAAUGGCUAUUGCAACGAAUGCUAUCAGUUCAAACAAAUAUAUGGAUAGCAAUGCCCUUUGUUUUUUGCCUUGCAAAAGAAAAGGA